AUGGAUAAACUCAAGUACAGCCGCUGUCCGCUCAAGAAGCGUCCGAUAAUGGUGGAGGAGUCCAGUCCAGAGGAUCUUCUAAGUCAUGAUGAGGGACCCGUGGACUUGAGUGUGGCCUCAGCAGCCGUGCCUUUGGAACCCCAUUGGAUGGCUAAGACAGAACAAGAACCUCAUCCGGUGCCUACUGAAAUGAGGCGUCGCUUUGAUGCCGCCCUGAAUCAAACCAAGGAGCAAUUGGCCCGUCGCAUUUGGGAGGAAACCCGUGAGAUAGCCCGUGCGUUUCCGGACGUUUUCACCCGCGAGGAAAUCGCCAAGAGCCUGGCUCGCCUCGGCUACGGUGAAUUCGAGUUGCCACCCGAGGAGGAGGUAAUGGAACCGGAGCAGGAACCAGAGCAGCAAAUCCCUCUUGGAUACGCCAGAGAUGCUAGCCCAACCAUCAUCAAGGUUGAACCCACUGAUGAGGAUCAAUUCCCCCUGCGAAACUACAAUAAUAACCUACUCAAAAGCAUAGCCGAGUAUGAGGAUUGUAUGAAAAUGCAGAACAUCAAAGAGGAGAUAGCUCCGGUCCCACAACCCCAGUUGUUCUAUCCACCCCCCACUCCACUGGCCGAACCGGAGGACCUUUCCGUAACCCAGCGGAGAGUUCUGAGCGAGAACAUGAAUCUGCAAAACGUAGCCAGAGCUCUGCUUAGCAUGCAACACAUGGCUCCGCAGCAUCCGCAGCAUACGCAGCAUACGCAGCAUCCGCCGCCUCCGAUGGACAUGGAGGAGGAUCAGGAGAAUCAGGACAUCAACCAGCUGAAGAUCAAGAGCAGCAAUGACCUGUACUACCAGUGCCAGCAGUGCAACAAGUGCUAUGCCACCUAUGCAGGAUUGGUGAAGCAUCAGCAAACGCACGCCUACGAAAGCACAGAGUACAAGAUCAUUAGAAGCCAGCCUGGAGGAUCUGGUGCCAUAGUCGACCAAACCGAGUUCUGCACAGAUCAAGCUUCGGCUUUGAUUCAGGCAGCUAAUGUAGCCUCAGCACAGAGCAUGCAAAAGCCAGUGGGAGUACCGCGAUACCAUUGCCAGGAUUGCGGAAAGAGCUACUCCACCUACUCGGGACUCUCCAAGCACCAGCAGUUCCAUUGUCCUUCGGCCGAGGGCAACCAGGUGAAGAAGGUCUUCAGCUGCAAGAACUGCGACAAAACCUAUGUGUCCUUGGGCGCCCUAAAGAUGCACAUUCGUACACAUACGCUGCCCUGCAAGUGCCCCAUUUGCGGCAAGGCCUUUUCGCGACCAUGGCUCCUCCAGGGUCACAUACGCACCCACACGGGUGAGAAGCCCUUCAGCUGCCAACACUGCAACCGUGCCUUCGCGGAUAGGUCAAAUCUUCGCGCGCACAUGCAAACCCAUUCGGAUGUGAAGAAGUACUCCUGCCCCACCUGCACCAAGUCCUUCUCGCGCAUGUCCCUGCUGGCCAAGCACCUGCAAAGCGGUUGCCAGAGUGAGCAGAGUGGAGGUCCCAGUGGGUCAGGAGGUGGCUUCGAUCAGCAGCAGCUACAGCAGCACCUCCAGGGCUACGAGGAGGGUCACAAUCCCCAUCCCCACCAAGUCUACUACGCCGGCAGUGUAGGCAGCAGUAACGGCGAAGAGGAGGAGGGCGGGAACUACUCAAUCCCACCACCGGCCAUUUAUUAA